ACUUUCUCCUGCCUGGCGUGAGGGCGGGGAGGGGGUACCUCUGUGCCUCGCCUCUGCUUCCUACUCUGUGAUGUGAGGCACAGGCAUGCUCAGUAGCCGGUGCCUACCCCUCCUAUCUCAGCAACAGUGCCUACGGUACUAGGAGACUGCUUGCAGCAGGAGCAGAGCCGGAAAGCCAUCUUUGCUGGAGAGGGAGGCAGCAGACCCUGAGCCGCUCGGCUGCCCGCCAUGUCUGCUCCAGCUCCUACCCAAGGUCCCACCAGUGCUGGUGCUGCAGGGCCACCUCCUGCUACCAAUGUGUCAAGCAACAAACGGCUGCAGCAGACACAAGCCCGGGUGGAUGAGGUGGUCGACAUCAUGAGAAUGAACGUGGACAAGGUGCUAGAAAGAGAUCAGAAGCUAUCAGAGCUUGACAACCGGGCAGAUGCAUUGCAAGCAGGUGCCUCACAGUUUGAAACCAGUGCAGCCAAACUGAAGAGAAAAUACUGGUGGAAAAAUUGCAAGAUGAUGAUCAUCCUUGGUGUAGUAUGCGCAGUCAUUCUCAUUAUAAUUAUAAUUUAUUUCUCCACUUGAAAAAGCGAAGAAGGAAGACUUGGCACAACUUUGUUCAUAUCAACCAACGAUAUCAGUGUUCCUUUGUUGAACUCCGCUUUUUAAUUCCCGGUGUCUUGGGAUUUUUGCUUGUAAUAACCCAUAAGCAUUCAGUGUGGUGUGUUUUGGAAUUCUGUUGUUUCCACAAGAAACUGUACCAGCUAAAUACUGCCAAGUAGUUCCAUACACUGUCUUAUCACUGUGUCUUAAAAUGUGUACGCACUGACCUUCAGAAACUGUAGUAUAUGAAAAGCAUCCUAAACAUCUCAGAAUCAAAGAAUGCAGCUAUGGGGAAGCUCCUGCUUAAAGGGACACUGUCAGGUGGAUUGGACCCAAAUCUAAGGUUGCAGCAAACAUUAGGGCCAAAAUUCUCAAUCUGAGCACCUAAAGUUGGAUGGCAAAAUCCACUAUCAGAUGUAACUUUUUGAGGUAGUGAGUAUCUGCUACUCUCAUUGAAGAGAGUGGUACCUACAAGUAUUCAUGUAAGACAUUUUAUUUCAACUUCGUCAACCAAACAUGGAUUUUUUGAGAUU